CAUGAACGUCUUCAGCGUCCUUCUAGCUCUUUUUACUAGCUUUUGCAUUGGGGAAACUCAUAGACAUAAGAUUACCAACCUAUGCAAGAUUGUCUAUAGAAACGGAACGGAAUUAGAGCUGAAAGAAUGUGAAGAAAAUGAGGUGUGCCUACCGCCAACAGAUGUAAAGCUGUUCUUUUGCAGCCGAAAUAUCACUCAACUAUGCAGAAUUGAAGUAUUUGGUGACGUUGUACGAAGUUCAGAAUGCCCCGUAGAAAGUGAAUGCGUAGAAAGAUAUAAAAAAGAUCCCAGAGCUGAAAAAUGGCGAUGUCAAUGCGAAGAUAGCGAAGAUGAAGAAUGUCAAAUGAAAAUGAGACUUAGGGCUCGAAAAGAACGUCAUAAUAGGAAGAAUUUACGUCGAGUUUGCAAAGUGAUACUUCAAAAUGGUACCGUUAACGAUACAAGAAGAUGUCCUUACAGUCACGACUGUCUACCUCCGCCCGAAGUAAAAUACUUUUGUAAAGGAGCAAAUAAAACAACUGAUAAAGUGUGCAAACUGGAAGAAUUUGGCGAAAUAGUUGAAGAAGAUGACUGUGACGAAGGUAUGGAAUGCUUACCAAAAAAUUCAACAAAUUGGCAUUGUAUUAAAAAUGAGGACGAAGAUUUUGAAAGAUCAAGAUUUUACGGUAAAAGUAAAAAAUGGGGUCGCAACCAGAAUCUUUUACAGAAGAAUAAAAGCAUUUGUAAGAUUGAAUAUUCAGGAAGGGGCUACAGGAAAGUAAUUAAGGAGUGCCCAGAACCCUACGUUUGCACCCCUCCAGCUGAAAUCAGAUUUUCAGUUUGUUCAGAUGUUGAUGAUGAGAAUUACCAUCCAAUCAUUUGCAAAAUAGAAAAAGGAGGAAUUGUUUUGAAAGAAAAAGAUUGUCCUGGAAAAUCCGAAUGCGUUGAAAGUGAAAUGAAACAUAGAAAAUCUAAAAUGUGGAAAUGUAAAUGCCCCGAAGAUAUGGAAGAUUGCGAUGAUAGAAAAAAGUGGAAGAAGAAGAAGGGAAUGAGAAAAAUGAAAAAGAUGUUACGCCUUCGUAAAGAAGGAAAUCACUACAGGCUCGGAUUAAGACAUAGACCAUCAAAGUGA